AUGCAAAUGUUCGUGUUGGCCCUGAUCGCCCUGUUGGCGCUGCACACCGUCGCAGCCGGCCCGUUGGCCAACGACCAAGGCCAAGGCAUCGUCGAGGAGUACGGCGAGCCGGUGUACGAGUUGGCAGACGCGGCCCCAAUCGACAAGCGAGCCCAAACCUUCGUGCGAUUCGGCAAGCGAGCACAGACCUUUGUCCGAUUCGGCAAACGCGCCCAGACCUUCGUGCGGUUCGGCAGAAAA